AUGUCGAAAAAGGGCAACAAUGAGAUCGACACGCUUGUAAAGGUGCUGGAAAAGGGUGAAAAGGAUAAACGUGACAUUGAUAUUGACGACAUCAUUUCAAACCCUAUAUCAUGUGGCUAUCUACUUGACUUCUGCCAAAAACAAUACUGCGCAGAAAAUUUGAACUUUUUUAUGGCUGUCGACAAGUUUAAAGACGAGUGCGGUUUGCUUGACUUUCGUGACCCAGAAUCAGUGCAGUCGUGUAAAGAGAUGGCUGAUCAGAUUUGGGCCGAUUUUUUGUCGCUUAACUCUCCCAAUGAGGUGAGUUUGCCAUCUGAUGAUCGUGAACAGACUCAGGAGCGCAUGAACCGUCCGGGUGAGUAUCGCGGCAAGCUCUUUGAUGUCGCAAUGCAAGAUGCAAUAAAGACUUUGCAAAAAGACACACUUAUGCGAUUUCUCAAGGCACAGCAGUACACAGAAAUGGCUUCGAAAGUUUUGGCUGUCCACGAAUUGAUUGUAAAGAAGGUGCUUGAUUCGGACAAUUCGUACCAGAUUGAUUUGCCGAAAGUAACGACACUUACGGACGAAAAGAUCGCGAAAGGCAAUUUCUCGCUAGACGAAAUUUUAGAUGACAAAAUCCUUUUUCGUGAAAUGCUUGACUUUCUUGGAAAAAAAUUUAAAUCUGAGAAUCUAAAGUGCGCACGCCAAAUUCGGCGAUUUGAAGAGAUGGCGCUGGAAAUGAAGGCAGACGACCUUAAGGAUUUUGCCUGGAAUUUGUAUCUUUAUUUUAUCGCGCCCAGCUCCCCUUUUGAAGUAUCGUGCACAAAUUUGGAUCGCAAAUCCGUUCAACUGCGUCUCGGCUGCCCAAUUAAAUCCAUGUUUGAUCCAAUUAAGGAAAAUACGAUGCUUGUACUUCGGCAAGAUCACAAAGCGUUUUUGCAGCAACUGCAGGCCAAGACGCUUAAGGAUCGGCUGAGGGCUGAAAAGGCUGGAAACUCAUCCCAAAAAAAUGGGUUUCUUUCUAAGUUUAAAGUAUUCUAA